AAAAAAAGGAAGAGUCCGAGAGGGACCGGUGUGAGGAGCAGAGCGUGAGAACUACGUACCGGCGACGUCUUGCGUCACCACCGCGGCCUAGCGCCAGCACAGGGCAGUCGCCGAGCAGCAGCUUCCCAGGGCUUUUGUCUCUGAGUGGAUUUUAUUACAGACUCCCCGCUCCAGCUUCUUCAGGCCUCCGUGUCCGGCCGCACCAACAACAAGCCAGCGUUUGACUCAGCUCAGGGAACCUCCUUGCCCCGGGCAGGCAUGGAGGGAAUAGGAGUCACCGACAAGAAGAGGAUCAGUUCGGAGCGUCGGAAGGAGAAAUCCAGAGAUGCAGCCAGGUGUCGUAGAGGUAAAGAGUCCGAGGUCUUCUAUGAACUUUCCCACCAGCUACCGUUGCCUCACAAUGUCAGCUCUCACCUUGAUAAAGCCUCCAUAAUGCGACUCACCAUCAGUUACCUGCGUAUAAGAAAACUGCUCGAUGCAGGUGACACAGAUUCUGAAUCUGAACUGGAGAAGCAGCUUAACUGCUUUUAUCUGAAGGCCUUGGAAGGAUUUGUCUUGGUCCUGACCGAAGAAGGAGACAUGAUUUACCUUUCUGAGAAUGUCAACAAGUGCAUGGGGCUAACACAGUUUGAACUUACUGGGCACAGUGUAUUUGACUUCACCCACCCAUGUGACCAUGAAGAACUCCGGGAGAUGCUAACCUUUAGGAAUGGACCAGCUAAAAAGGGGAAAGAACAAAUCACAGAGCGGAGCUUCUUCCUGCGAAUGAAGUGCACGCUGACCAGUCGAGGAAGAACGGUCAAUAUAAAGUCUGCCACGUGGAAGGUCCUUCACUGCACAGGACACAUGCGGGUCUAUGACUCCUGCAACAACCAGAACCAUUGUGGAUACAAAAAGCCACCCAUGACCUGCAUGGUGCUGAUCUGCGAGCCAAUCCCUCACCCAUCAAAUAUUGAGUUUCCAUUGGACAGUAAAACCUUUCUUAGCCGCCACAGCCUUGACAUGAAAUUCUCAUACUGUGAUGAAAGGGUAACAGAACUGGUUGGAUAUGAGCCAGAAGAGCUUCUUGGAAGGUCUGUGUAUGAGUAUUACCAUGCACUGGACUCUGAUCACCUGACUAAAGCACAUCAUGACAUGUUUACUAAAGGACAAGUGACUACAGGACAGUAUAGAAUGCUGGCGAAGCAAGGGGGCUUUGUUUGGGUUGAGACCCAAGCCACUGUUAUUUACAACACAAAGAACUCCCAACCUCAGUGCAUUGUAUGCGUCAACUACGUCUUGAGUGGCAUUGUGGAGAAAGACCUGAUACUGUCCAUUGGGCAGACAGAGUCCUCUCUGGCGCCUGCUGAGUCUAUUGAAAUAAAGAUGCCUGCCAUCUUUACUCACCUGGGCAAAGAGGAUGACGUCUCUAGCAGCUUGUUUGAUGAAUUGAAAAAGGAACCAGAAUCACUUACUGUCCUCGCUCCAGACGCUGGGGAUGAGAUCAUUGCACUAGACUUCAGUUCUAGCGAUUCUGAGCAGCACUUUGAUGAAGUUCCAUUGUACAAUGAUGUAAUGAUGCACCCGACCAGUAAGCUACCAGAGAGCAUGUUGGUGUCUCCCAUCCCACCUCCAGAGAAGCCUAAGCCUCUACGCAGCAAUGCUGACCCUGCACUAAAUAGAGAGGUUGCUAUAAAGAUGGAGUCAACUCCUGAACAGCUGGAGCUGGCGUUCACCAUGCCUCAACUCUCCAAGCCAUCCAGCCCAUCAGACAUCAGCAGCAGCCAGAGCUCCACAGAGCCUGGCACACCUGCAGAGUACUGUUUUGAUGUGGACAGUGAAAUUUCCAGAGAGUUUAAGAUGGACUUAGUGGAGAAACUCUUUGCAAUAGACACCGAAUCGAAGACUCCGUUCUCCACACAGGAAACAGAUUUAGAUCUGGAAAUGUUGGCUCCUUACAUCCCAAUGGAUGAUGAUUUCCAGCUAAGGACCUUCGAUCAACUUUCCACCUUAGAGACUGAAUCAGCGCACCCUCAGCCUUUAGGACACAUGACCAACCUGAUCCAGACGACCACCGCACCCAUUACCACUGAUUUAAAACCAAUCACCACUGAGGCAAUGAGUGACCCCAAGACCAUCAUCGUACACUCACCUGCCCAAGUGAUGAAAGAGGUGCUUAGUGCGCCGUCCUCGCCGUAUAGUGGUAACCAGAGUCGCACAAGUUCUCCUGUACGAACAGACAAAACUUUAGAAAAGACAGACAGAUCCCGCCCGGGAACUCCAAAUAUACAAAGUCCUUUAAAUAAAAGAUCUACAUUCCUGGACGAGGACAUCAGCCCAAAGAUGAUUGCAUUACAAAAUGUCCAGAGAAAACGUAAAAUUGAAAGCGAUGGUCCAUUGUUUCAAGCAGUGGGAAUUGGCUCUUUAUUUCAAACAACUGUUGACCCAGGGCCGAGCUCUUCUCUCUCAUGGAAACGUGUUAAAGGACCUGACCUGGAACGGCUAACUGGAGCCGAGCAGAGAACAAUUCUCCUAUUGUCCACAGAUAUGGCCGGUCGAUUGCUUGGAAAGUCAUUGGAUCGCACUGGACUUCCUCAGCUGACCAGUUACGACUGCGAGGUGAAUGCCCCCAUUCAGGGAAACAGAAACCUGCUACAGGGGGAGGAAUUAUUAAGAGCCCUCGAUCAAGCUAACUGAUCCUCGCUUUGUUCCAAUUCUGGACACUUGUGAACCCUCUCCACCCAAAGCAGUGUAUUUAUAUUUUCUAGAUCUGAUAUUAGAAGCCUGUGUACAAUACCGCACUACUUCAGUUAGCACCAUCUCUGCUCCACUUGGCCAUCUUCUCCACUGUAUAUUUUCUUUUUUUACAGAAGUAACCUCUUCCAGCCUUGAUCGAAUACAAAUACAUUUACUACUUAAAAAUUAUAUAUAUAUAUAUAUAUAUAUAUAUAUAUAUAUAUAUAUAUAUAUAUACACACACACAUCUCUUAACUUCAAACAUGCACCUUCUGUCUGAAUUUUUUAUGGUGAAAUGAAGACAAACAUUUACAAAAAUUCAUCAGUUUCUUUGUUAUUCCAUUAGAAGUUGUUUAUUUUGCUCAUCGAUCUCCGUGUUGUCCAUGUUAUCAUGCACAGGAAACAAUGCUUUGCCAGCGGUGCAUUGUAGUCACAAUCGCACAAUAUAUAUUUUCUUAAGAAAACAAAAAAAAUACCAGCAAGUUCUUCAUGCAAUAUAUAAUAUGCAUUUUUAGUUCAUCAUUUUUUUUUUGGGAUUCUUUUUAAUGUCUAAAAAUCACAUUUAAGGCCUGAUGUUGUUACCAUUGUUCCGCAUGUUGUAAUGUAGACUACUUCAAUGGAACCCAAUGACUACAGCAGAGAAUAAGACGCUAGAAAUGUAAUCACCACAACCUCUUUUGAAGAUGGGUGUAACCAGUAGACAUGUGUAGUUAAAAAAAAUUCUCUUUCAUAAGAGAAUCGUAAUGUAGCAGAUUGUAUGACCGCUCUAAAUAAAAGAAAAAUUCCUGCUUGUAGUUGUAAGACUGGCAGUUUUGUAACCAUAUGUGAUAUACAUGUUUACCACCCACUUGUGGUGUAGAAGUUCAAGCUCACUUGAAAAGAAACAAAGUAUAAUGCGUUGCUAGCAGAACGACAUCCUAUAUGUGGUUUGUUUGGUAUCUGAUUUUCAGCACUUUUUUUUUUUAGAACAUCAUUUACGGUAAUUUUUCAUCUAAAGUUCAUUUAGUAAAAAACUUCUGUUUAGAAACCUUUUAAAUUUUUUUGUAUUGAGGGGUUGUCUAGUUGUAACUUUCAACAUCUGCUCAGUGUGAUUGUAUGUUUCAGACUGUGCAAAAUGUUUAUUUUUCCAUCUAUCUUUCUUGCUGUUUGUGGUUGGAUCUAACACUAACUGUAUUGUUUUAUUACAUCAAUAAACAUUAUACGUGGACCAGGCCACACAUGCUAGCAA